AUGACGUCGCAGCCGGAACCCAUCGCUCUCGACCAAAAGUCGCAUUCGCUGGACAUGGCCACCUCGGCCGCGACUGCGCUCCCCGACGAGCGCAACGGCUUGGAGGUCAAUGGCCACGUUACACCCGUUGACGGCCCCGAUGCGGCUGACAGCGCCACCACAAACCACCAAGCCGAUGCAUCAGCAUCCAAAGACGAUCUGAAGAGCGCUGGAACUCCAGAGCCGAACCAGCACCAGAACAAGGACGCGUUUGCGACCAACUCACACAUAACUGCCAUGACGCCGCCCACAGCUGAGUCAGCAGAUGCGGUUGAGUCAACAAAGCUGAGCAAAGAUGCCGACGAAAAUGAGGUCAAGGACACAGAGAUGGUUGAUGCACCGGCCGAGUCCGCCCAGGCGCCUUCACCCCCAGCCGAACCUGCUGCGAAGUCAUCCCCGACCCCCGACCAACCUGCAGAGCCGGUGGCACAAGAGCCUGCGGAGACCAGCGCGCCGGUUGAGGCCUCAGCUACGACUGUGCAACCACCGCCGGCUACCGAGGCUGCGAAGGAAACUGCAGAGGCGGAAGUGAGCAAUGAUAAGGACAAGGAGAUGUCCGAGGCGCCAGUGAAAGAGCCAGACAUGAAGACAGAGCAAGGAGAGGACACCCAGGCGACUGCAGCUAGCGAGGCGGCAGCUAGUGAUACCGUCUCGCCAACCGCCAAUGCGCCCAAAUCCCCUAAAGAUGAGUCUCAGGAUGCUGCUUCUAUUCCUUUGACAGUCGACACUAGUAUGACCGAUGCGCCAUCGCAGAACUCCGCCAAAGUUGCUCGGGAGCGUGAGGAAGACUUCGACGACGAGCCCCUCGCAAAGCGUGUCAGGACCUCAGGAGAAGAUGGCGCGCAAGGAAAGGCGGCGCAAGCGCAACCUGCCACGUCCGGCGGGCAGGACGCAAUGGCCAUAGAUCCACCUUCUGAGACUCCAGCUCCCGCUUCCGGCUCUGCGACACCAGCGAGGCCGGCGCUGGCCGGAGCGUCUGUGGCCCUGAGUGUGAACGGAAAGUCUCGCAAGUUGAAUGACCCGGCGCUUGCCAACAAUGCCAUCACGUCUUACCAGAACAAGGAGAUCAAGAAAGUAUUGGCCCUUGUCAAGAAGACCAAGAGUGGACAAAUGUUCAGAGCAUCGGUGCAGACACUGUGGCCAGGUGUCUGGGAGCAGUACCGUUCACUGAUUAAGCGUCCUGUGGACAUCAGCUUCAUCGAACAGAACCUGCGUGAAAACAAGUACUCAGCCAUGGCGGAUUUCAGGACCGACGUGGAGCUCAUUAUUGAAAACGCCACCAAGUUCAACGGGUCCGAUCACGACGUGACCAGGGCGGCCAAGGCAACAGUGGACGGGAUCUACAUCAGGCUGGCAGAGGUGUCCGCCGAGGAGCCCGCGAAACCCGUCAAGCAGGACGUCAAGCAGAUGCCUACACGGCACGCUGAGCCCCGACACCACCAACCUCCUCCCCCAAAGAAGGAGUCACGCCCUGCGGCAAGCUCACCUGCGGAGAAGGUUUCUGACUCACCUGUCUUUGCUGUGCCUGCUUCCGGUGUGCCCACCAUCCGCCGAGACAGCACGAAGAACGCGGGCGACCGGCCCAAGAGACCCAUUCAUCCGCCCAAGAACAAGGACUUGGGCUUCCAGCCCAAAAACACGAAGAACAAGCGCAAGCCCGAGAUGAAGUUCUGUGAGGAAGUUCUCAAGGAGCUGAAACACAGUAAACACUGGACCCUGAAUCAGUUUUUCCUGGAGCCUGUUGACCCGGUGGCUCUGAACAUCCCCACCUAUCACAGCGUCAUCAAGCAGCCGAUGGACUUGGGUACCAUGACCGGAAAGCUGGACAGUGGAGAAUACGAGUCGGCCAAUGCGUUCAAGGCAGAUUUCCACCUCAUGAUCAAGAACUGCGUCAAGUUCAACCCGGACGGCCAUCCUGUCCACGUAGCGGGCAAAGAGCUGGAGAAGCUGUUUGAGAGAAAGUGGUCGGAGAAGGGGGCUUGGAUGAGCAAACACGCUCAGGCAACAGCACCAGCCGCGGCCGCGACUAGUCCUCGUGGAGCUGCCAAAGAUGACGAGGAGGGAGAGGAUGAGAGCGAGCCGGAGCAGGAUAACACCGUCGAUAUCCAGGAGGCCCAACGAAAGCUGGACCAUGCCAUGGCACGGCUGAAGAAAGAGAACGAGGAACUUAACAACCAGCUCUUUUCAGACAACCCUGACUCGGCCUCCAUUGACCUCAGCCGGACGGUCAUUCAGACUCUCCAAGACGAGAUCAUCAAGAGACGGGCUGAAGUAAACUCGGCGCGAGAGAAGAAGCCCUCGCAGGCCACCAAACCGUCCAAGAAGAAGGCGAGUGGUGGUACAGGUGCCGGCCCGAAGAAGGCUGCGGGCAAUGCGAAUCCCACCAAGAAGGCGAGCGGCGGCCCGGCCAAGAAGCUUGCGAAGAAGAAGCUCAGCGACGAGGAGAAAGAGAUCGUCUCGGAUGCUAUCGGCAGACUUGAUGGCAACAGCCUGACAAAGGCGAUUGAUAUCAUUAAGAAGGAUACCAAUCUGACUGAGACCGACGAUGACGAGCUCGAAUUGGACAUGGAGCAGCUCAGCGACGACGCCCUAGUCAAGCUGUUUGAACUGGUGCUCAAAGCCUUCCCUACCUAUAAGGAACAGUUGAAGAAGUCCGAGCCUGCGCCAGCCCCUGCUCCACCAAGCUCCCACGCCGCAAAGUCGGCGGCGAAGAAGAAGAACAAGCCCAUGGGCAAGGCCGAGCAAGAGCGCAAGCUCGAGCAGCUGAAGGCACUCAAGGACUCGUACAAGCGCCCCGGAAGCGGUAGCCAGGAGCCGGUGCCGUCGAUCGAGCCCAACGAGACCGCACAGGCUGGUCACCGGCAUGAUGACAGUGAUGAUGCAAGCUCUUCGGAAGAGGAGUAG